AUGGUCCCUGUACUCCUGAUUCUUUGGGGAGCCACGGUGAUACCGCCCGCCGACUUACUUCCUGACCCCAAGGUGUCCCUGCUCCCGCCUGUGAAUGUCACCAUCAAAGUCACGGGUUUAGCUCAAGUCCUUUUAAGCUGGGAACCAAAUCCUCACCAAGAGCCCAGGAACGCUCACCUGGAAUACCAUGUGAAGAUCCACGCCCCACAAGACGAUGACUUUGAAACCGGGAGCACGGAGAGCACCUGCGUAGCCCCCCUCCACGAAGGCUUUUCGGCAAGCGUUCGAACCAUCCUGCAGGAAGGGCACGCCCCCCUGGCCAGCAGCUGGGUCUCUGCAGAACUCCAAGCCCCACCAGGGUCUCCCCGAACCUCAGUCUCCAAUUUAACUUGUGCCACCAGCACGACGACGGCAGGUGGUGGCCACCGGAGGCCACACCGAGUUUCUCUCCACUGCACCUGGCUGUCGGGAGAGGAGGCCCCCCCAGACACGCAGUACUUCCUCUACUACAGGUAUGGCUCUUGGACCGAGGCGUGCCAAGAAUACAGCAAAGACCCCACCGGCAGAAAUACCGCCUGCUGGGUCCCAAGGUCGUCCAUCAGCAGCAAGGGGCACGGCUGGCUGGCGGUCCACGUUAACGGCACCAGCAGGACAGCUGCCAUCAGACCCUUUGAUCAGCUGUUUGGGGUGCAAGCCAUCGCUCGAGCGAAUCCGCCAACCAACGUCACAGCCCAGAUCCAGGGAACGCRUCUCUCCAUCCGAUGGGACAAACCCAUUUCCGCCUUUCCACAGCACUGCUUUGAUUACGAAGUGAAGAUACACAACACAAAGAAGAAUUACUUGCAGAUGGAAAAGAUCAUGACCAACGCGUUCGUCUCCGCCAUUGACCAUCUCUCCAAGUACUCCAUUCAAGUGAGGGCGGCCGUGAGCCCCGCCUGCAGGACAGCCGGGCUCUGGAGUGAGUGGACUCCACCUAUCUAUGUGGGAAGCGAGGCGCGGAAGCCCCUGAUGGAGUGGCUCCUCAUCCUGCUCACGGUGACCGCCUGCUUCGCCGUGUUGAUCUGCCCGCUGCUCUGCAGGAUAUGUCACUUGUGGGCCAGGUUGUUUCCACCUGUUCCAGCCCCGAAAAGUCACAUCAAAGAUCUCCUGGUGACCGCUCACUGUGAGAAAGCCGGUUCCAGUGCCACAGAGACGGAAGUCAUCARUUUCGUGGAAGGGCUCGGGUGUGAGGUCUUGGAAAAUUCCGUGUUCUGAUUCCUUGGAGCCUCCUUGGAAGGACUUGCACCACGUUCUGGGCCAUGAGAACAGGGACGGCUGCUUCUUCCGAGAAGACGUGUUCAGCCUUUAAGGAGCCCUGAGCAGGGCGAAAGGGGCGCACGCCUCUGAUCCCAGCGGCUUGGUGAGGCUGAGGCAGGAGGAUCCAAGCUUGAGGCCAGCCUCCGCAACGAAGCGAGGCCCGAAGCAACUUAGCGAGAGGAGACCUUGCCUCAGGAGAAAAUAACAACACUGAGCUGAAAAAUCUCAGGAAGAAAGCAGAGUACACCGGCCUAAAGUCAAUCACGAAUCCAGAUUCCGAGAACUGCCUUUCCCAUAGCAAUCRGGAGCUGCUAAUUCUUGAGGGCUUUCUUCUUGGAGUUCUAGAAUCCCUUUUGCUCAAGGAGCAGGCGUGUGCGUGUGAGAGAGAGAGAACCAAACAGACKGUCUCAAGGCCCAGCGGCCUGAUCCAGGGAGCACCCUUUGAGGCAAACUGAUGUAAAAACAUCACCCUGCUCUUGAGGGUAGCAUUAAUAUCCUGGAAAUAUUAAGGAGAUAUCUCUGUCACCUUGACAAGUCUAUAAUCAUUUACCAAGGGUUGGCCCCCCCCCCCCCGCCAUCUGACCCCGGAUCGCUAGGAAGGUGUCCAGAAAACUAUUUUUAAUGAACGCCUUAGAUCGGGUGUUGUAAGCAAGCAUCAGCCGGGCACCGUGGCGUACACCUGUCAUCCCUUUGACUCAGGAGGCUGAGGCAGGAGGAUCGCAAG